AUGAAGCACGAGAGCUGGGAUACAAUCAGGUUGCCCAAGCCUAGACAGGGGAAGUAUACAGGCAGAGGUCGGGUUCGAACCACAGGCCUUCCGCAUGCAACCUUGUCGUCUGCUAAAGAUACUCGUUUAGCUAUCACACCCCCUUUCAGUGCUCAGCUGUCAUGCCACCCGAAUGAAGCACGAGAGCUGGGAUACAAUCAGGUUGCCCAAGCCU